AUGGCCGCGGCCGGCGACGGCGGCGAGUCCCACUGCCGGGACGCGCUCCGCGAGGCCUUCGGUGACUCGUCGGGCAGCGACUCCGACACACCGGCCGGUGUCAGCCCCGGAGCGGGCCGCGGGCACUGGAGGUGGGAGGCGGUGGCUGGGGUCAGGGGACUGUGGCUGUGCGCUGCCUUCCUCUCCGCCGACGAGCAGGCGCGCCUCCUAAAUGCGAUCCAGCAAGAAGGAUGGUUUGUUGAUGCAAACAACCAAGCAAUGAGAUUUGGCGAUCUCCCUUCAUGGGCUGUUGAGCUUUCUGCACUUAUCCGUGAAGCUAUCUGUGUUGGUGACGCCAGUGUUGGUCUUGAUGCAGAGGUGACAAACGAGGAUGAAGAUGCAUGUCCUCUUCCAUCAGAUUUGUUGUGGCGGGAGCCAUUUUUCGAUCAGAUGAUUGCAAACAGAUACAGGCCAGUCUCUCUUGAGUCAGCUUGUGUGAUGCACUUCAGUCAAGCAGAACCAACAAGCGGAAGCGCGGGCUCUGACACCCUGAAGCAAGGGGGUGGUGAAUCUUCGAAGGUCCCCGUUUUGCUGAACCCAGGCUCCCUUGUUCUCAUGUUUGGCGAUGCAAGGUAUCUCUGGAAGCAUGAGAUCGACCGCAAACCAGGCAGACAGCUUUGGGAUGGCAGGGAACUUGAGCAGCACAGAAGAACUUCCAUUACACUGAGAAAGCUCCUGCCUUGUACAGACUAA